UUUCAUUAUAAUAAGUUAAUAAACAGACAUAUUUGACGGGUUACUUCGAGUAUUUGAGAUUUAACUGACGUGUAAAUUUAACGUGAAAAGUUGACCAGCAGAAAUUGAACAAGGAAAGUACUCAAGAGGUUACCGUUGCACACCGUAACUAAGGCAACCACUAGUGACGUGACCGCGGGAGAAUAAACUCGAAAAGAGCACCCAAACACUCCGGGACUGUUUCUCUGUUUAGUUCGCGUCUUCCUGUCAGUAAUAGCGUUUGUACUGAACAUGGAGAGACAUAACGUGGGAAGAGAAAGGCUCAUAGUACCUACUGACUUUACCACACCAGCGGUUUCCAGGAAUACGCAGGAGGACCUAGUACCCCCAUCGCACUUCACAUCAAGUGUCCACUCUGCUGGAGCACACAAAGGUGUUGAAAUUGCAGGGACACCACCACACAUCUCCUGCAUAAAUCCAGGUGUGACAUCCGUACCAUCAGGAGAUCCCAGAUCUGCCAACCCAUGGCUUGCCAUCACUCAGUCACAACAGGAAAUCUUGGAGCUGAGGAAAGAAAAUCAGAGGCUCAUGAUAUUACAAGGGGAGAGCAUAAGGGGAGGGAUCCCUGUGGAUCACCUGACAGACCGUAGGGCAAGAAGUUCAGAGAGAAGUGAGCAGUGGUCCAGAUGGGAGUCAGAGUGGCGUCAGGAGGCAGAAAAGCACAAGGCUGAUGCUGAGAGGCUGAAGGGCCAGGUGGAGGCUCUAAAGGAGUCUGCAGAGAGACACAGGGAAGAGAUGAGAGACAGAGACAGCACCCUGAACAGACAGAGUCAUGAGUUGGAAGCAAUGCGUGAAGAGCUAUGUAAAGCAAAGACUGAUCUCAGCCAACUCAGAACAGAGCUCACUCACAGCAAUGCACAGAAGGAGAAAAUGAGCUCUCAGCUUGAAAGAGUAAAGAGAGAAUCUGGUCAUGAAAUUACAAAGCUGAGGAGAGAUUUAGCGAGGAGUAAAGAGGAUGCCCAAGAGCUCGCUCUGAGGGCUGAGAUGGCUAGGUUACAGGCUGCGGAGGAGGCCAAACAGCAGACUCUCCGACUGUCAGAACAGCUGGAGGAAAUGCAAAAGAAGCAGGAGGUGGAGCUGCAACGGCUGAAUGCUUCCCACUGUGCAGAGGUGGGUGCAGAAAGAAAUACAAUCAGUGAACUACAGGACAGACUUCAAUCGAUGACCUCCAAAGUGCUGCAGCUAAAAAGCACUCUGAUGGAGGUAUCUACUGAGAGAGAUGGGCUGAAAGAACAUUUAAGCCAAAUGGGACAAGCUUUUGAGACACAGUCGGCAACACUACACAGCCUCAGAAAUUACAUCGGCCAGCUCGCCCCAGAGAAUGGAGAGAAGGAACAAUUAAAUAAAGCUGUCGAGAGGCUGAACAAAGAGAAAGCUGCGCUUCAGAUGACCACAGAGCUUUUGACCGUCAGGCUAAACUCUUUGAAUGAGAUACUCGCCCUCCAAGAAGAAAAAAUAGUGAAUAAGACUUUGACAGGCUCUUUUGUGAAGAAUGGAUCUGAUGACCUUCAAGUACUGCAGCUCUGGAGAAACAAAGUGUUCAAGUUGUGUGUCCAACUUCGCUCAAAGGACAUUGAAUUGAGAGGAGAGAAGGAUGAACUUCUUUCAAAGGUCAGAUUCAUGGAGCAGCAGCUCCAGCAGGAGCAGCACCGAGCUAGUGUACUCCAGCACAGUCUUGAUGACAGGAUAGCUGAGCUGGACCUGGAGAGAGUGGAAAAGGAGACUUUGAAACAGGACUUGGCCCAGGAGCGAAAGGAAAAUUCACAGCUCCAGACACAGAGACAGAAAGAAGAGGCUGAGCUAAAAAUCCUGACAGAGGCAGUGCGAAGGUUCAGUCUGGCAUUUGAAAGCAAGGCGGCAGAAGUGGAUGCAGCUCAAUCAAGGCUCAACGCCUUCACCCAGAGGCUAACCUUUGCAAAAGGACGAGUGGAGACAAUCCAAGGUUUGAUCAUGAGGAGGGCGGCUCUGCAGAAAGUUCAGCAGGCCAGUAAACAGGCAGAACAAGCUGCUGACAGCAUCACAAACCUUCAGACAGAGCUUAGUUUGGUGUGUGAAGAGAGAGACAAGCUCACACAGGAGCUCAAAAGAACCCCCGAGCUCAUCGAGAAAGCUCUGGCUGAUCUCAAAGAACAGUAUGAAAGCAAACUGAGCCGGCCGCAGCAGGCGCUGGAGCAGAGCUCGGUGGAGGUCCGGCAGGCUGUGACUGGCAGAGAGGAGGCCGAAGAGAGCCUGCAGCAGAUCCAGACCCAGCUGCAGGAGAGCAAGGUCAACCUGGAGAAACUCCGCUCUGAGCUGCUCAACCAGCAGGAGCACAGCGAACGUGCCCUGCAGGAGAGAGUGUCUGAGAUUGAGGACUGCUGUGCUGAGAAGCUGAGAGAGAUGGAGGUUCAAGUCAAUACUGCCAGGAGAGAACACACCAAAGCAGUUAUGACUUUGCGGCAGUUUGAGAGAGAGGCAGCAAGGAAACACAACGAGAUGAGAGAAACCCGACAACACCCAAAGAGGGAAGUCCAGAAUAAACAACUCAAGGAGACAGAAAGAGACAAAAAACUACUGCUGGCCAAUGUUGCAGAGAGAGGGCUGACAAGUGAAUAUACAAGAGCUCACACAACAGCUCUACAAAGCUCUGCGGCUUCCGCAGAACAUAGAGAAAAACCGUCAGAGAAUAGUCGCUCCGUGGGAACAAAAGUACCUGCAGACGAGAGACUUCUGUCUGUUCUGGAGGAGCUCCAUUCUCUCAGUGCUGCAGUGGUAAACAGCUCUGAAGACUCUGCGGAGGAGGAGGGACAGAGUGACAGCGUGGGACCAUCCACAGGCAGCCUGCACAGCUGAUACCUGAUGAUGACUCACUGGAGCCAGUGAACGCACCUUUCAUUUGUACAAAAAGGUGGGCAGUGUCGGAAAAAAAUACAGUCAGUGGAAACAAUUUGUUUGAGCCAAAUAUCAGAAAACCAAGCAUGUCAUUGCUACGGGGUGUCUGAGAGGAAUUAUAGCUAUCUAGUACAGACGGCUUUAAUUUAAUACAAACAUAAAUUCAAGUUUAUAAAAUUCUUCCGUACUUUUUCUACGUAUGUCCCCAGGGGGACUGUUUUUUUUACAGAUAAUACUGGACAGACAUUGGCGAGUCUUUAAACUAAAGGAAUGAAAGGUUUAGAUGUUUAUGCGAAAAGCUAGAGUUUCAGUUGCAGAAUAACCUGUUUUUUUUCAUUCUCUUGCUUGGACUAAAUCGCCUCACCAGUAAGGCUGUAUUCUGCACUUAAAUUUCUUUUACUCAUUUUAAAUUAUAUUUCCCCUCAAAACUGGCCCCAAAAGAGUUUGAAUUAUUCUAAUCAAAUCGAUGAAAUGCUUAAAAUAUAUAUUUAUACUACAUAUAGAAUAAAAUAAUUUAUGUUUUUGACAAAUAAUUGGAGAGUUUGUGAUGACUUAAAUAAAUGCAAAUAUGAGACUAGAUUUGUCAAUGUUAGCACAAGAUAAAAAUCCACAUCCAUCUAUAAAAUAAUGGACAUAGCUACCAUGACAUCACCCAUUGGUUUGAAGA